GUUAUUUUCCCAAGCAGUCGCCCUCAAUCGCCCUGUUUUUUAACUGAGAGUAGACGCGUAGUACACCUUAUGACUCUUGACUUGGAACCAAUCAAGCUCAUAGAAUUGUUAGGAGACCUGCCUUUUUCGACAAACUCGAUGAGACAUCUUGGCGUCGAAUUUACCCAUCGACUCCAGUGGAAUUGGGGGUCGUCGCAUUUGUAAGUAUCGGACGAAGGACUCCUAAUCUAGAAGUUGGCUUCCUAGGCCAUGAUAGUGACGUAUUCCCCAAGUAUUUCGAAGCUGUCGCCGUGAUAAAUCAGUUCUUAAGAUGUAUGCCUGCGAUAAAACGAAUUCUUGAAGUAUUUGCGCUAUACCGAUGUUAUAAAACCACCGUGCACUUCAAAAGCCGCCCCAAAGAUAGGCAUCAUUCCGCUAUCCUUCAGUGAGUAGUAGCGCUAUUAGCACCAACGGUUUCGGGUCUUACACCUACCUACGCUCGGGCAGAGGAGAUUAUAACGCCGCUUACUUUCGGUGCUUUUUCAACACCUACGAAUAUCUAUCUACCCUGGUAGGUAUCCAAACCAACAGACAUCUAUGGGAACACGACGAUUCGGCCGAAGUCGAAGUAUUUUAUCUUUACUUCUUCUUACCGUCUUAUUCCUCUUAUACCGAUAUACCGGUACAUCUGAUAUCAAUUCUCCCAAGUCGAUCACUACCAUCAAAAUGACAGACUCUACCGACGUCAUCUCCAAACUCACGGUAUCAAUCCGCCAAGUCAGCUCGACUUCUCCGCCGAAGCUAGCCAUCGCUGUCACCAAUGCCAACUCUAGCCCCGUGACGAUCCUAACUUGGAACUCGCCGUUGGAUCCGCUGGCUUUACAGCUAGGCCUCGUGUCUUUUGUACCCACAGGAAGCGACAACGAGGAAGCUGUACAUAUGCCGAAGAUUCAAAUCAGGCGAAAGAUGCCGCCGGGGCCGGAAUCCUUGGUCACGAUCGGAGCGGGUCAAACGAGGGAACAGGAGCUGGAACUCAGGCAACCUAUCGUACCACUGGAGAAGCUACGUGGCAGGCCGUUUAGCGUCGUCUGCAAAGGGGAAUGGACGGGUGUCUGGCUUUCAGAGGCCGACGGUGUUAGUAAGGCUUCCUUGGAGAAAGCUGGCGCCAGUGACGACGCUUAUAAGGGGACAUUUGAAAGUGAGGCAGUCGUAGUAUAAUUUUCAUGAGUUGAUUUUAGUUGAUAUUUAGUUUAGGUGGGAGGGGAAUAUUUGUAUCGAGGCCCGACUGAGUAUUUCUCUCGUUGUCAUCUGAGUGAUCCUUCAUUAAGUCAAGUUGGAGAAGAUUCGAAUAAUAAACCAGUUAUUCAUACAGAACUAAUCUUUACGUAGAAAUAUCUUAAAACAUGUGAACGUGUAUAAGAUAUGUGUCUCUCUGUCGGUCAAUUGAAUCAAUGCGAACUCGGCGAUAUGGAUCAUAUGCGGUGAUGAUUGUUUGAAGGGGUUAUGAACAGGUCACAGUUGGGUAUUUAAAUCGUCG